AUUAUACCCAAAGAAAAUUACAUAUAUAACAUUAUAACCCCUGUUUCUAGCGAAGCAAAUUGGUAUCAUAUUCUUUCUUUCUGGAAACCCAAAGAAUCUGCAAUUGCGUUUAGUUGAAGAAGUGAAAAAUGCCUCUGAAAUUGUUUACAGCAACAUUAUCAACCUUUGAUUCCGUUUUUGAGAAGUUCCGAUCAGAGAUUCCUCAAAACAAAGCCAAUCUCAUUCUCUUCUUAGCUGAUAAUGACCCUUCUACCUCUCUCAGUUGGUGCCCUGAUUGUGUGAGAGCUGAGCCAGUGAUCUACAAGAAGCUGGAAGCUUCACCUAAUGACAUUGCACUUUUGAAAGUUUAUGUUGGAGAUAGACCAACAUGGAGGAACCCACACCAUCCAUGGAGGGUGGAUCCUAACUUCAAGCUCAAAGGUGUGCCAACCUUGAUCCGUUGGGAGAAUGAUGCGGUCAAAGGUCGCCUUGAGGAUCAUGAAGCUCACAUUGAAAACAAAAUUGAAGCUCUUGUUGCUGAUAAAUAAAUGCAAAUGUGUCUCAUGUAAUUGUUAUCAAAAUGUAAUUUAAACUUUGUGGUGUAGUAAUGGUCACAGGUAAAACAUAUAUAAUAAUGGUGACAAGGGAAGGUUUGAAUAAAGAAGAUAGUGGUUGUUGUUUUUA